GGAAAUCUAGCCCUAAUUUCUGGUUUUGAUUGGAUCAUGUAACUGGGAUCUUCUGAUCUGAUUCUACUUCAGUUCGAUUUCUGAAACGCGGCGGCGGAACGAUGACGCGGAGGUGCUCGCAUUGCAGCCACAAUGGGCACAACUCUCGGACUUGUCCCAAUCGCGGCGUGAAGCUUUUCGGAGUCCGAUUGACCGAUGGUUCCAUUAGGAAGAGUGCUAGUAUGGGGAAUCUGAGCCAUUAUGCAGGAUCCGGGUCGGGUGCACUGCACGGCGGGUCGAACAAUCCGGCUUCUCCCGGGGAGACUGCUGACCAUGGAGUUGCGGCAGACGGCUAUGCAUCGGAGGAUUUCGUUCCUGGUUCUUCGUCGAGUUGCCGUGAGAGGAAGAAAGGUGUUCCAUGGACUGAGGAGGAGCAUAGGAUGUUUUUACUCGGGUUACAGAAACUCGGAAAAGGAGACUGGCGUGGGAUAGCACGUAAUUAUGUUGUAUCUAGGACACCUACUCAAGUGGCUAGUCAUGCCCAAAAAUAUUUCAUAAGGCAGACCAAUGUAUCAAGAAGAAAGAGGCGCUCCAGUUUGUUCGACAUUGUUGCAGACGAACCUGUUGAGAAUUCAAUUGCGCAGCAGGAGUUCCUAUCAGUCAGCAGUUCACAUGCUGAAACACAAAGCAAUAACCCAUUGCCUACACCUCCAACUGUUGAUGAAGAAUGUGAAUCGAUGGAUUCGACCCACUCAAAUGAUGGAGAGUCAGCUCCUGCAAAGCUAGACGGUCCCCAAUGCUGUUAUCCAAUGGUAUAUCCUGCAUAUGUAGCACCGUUCUUUCCGUUUUCGGUCCCGUUCUACUCAGGAUACAGUGCAGAGACUGCUAAUAAGGAGACACAUGAGGUUCUUAAGCCAACAGCUGUGCAUUCAAAGACUCCUCUCAAUGUUGAUGAGCUAAUUGGCAUGUCGAAACUCAGUCUCGGAGAAUCAAUUGGUCAUGCUGGCCCUUCAUCUCUUUCACUGAAACUACUCGAGGGGGCGUCUAGACGGUCUGCUUUCCAUGCAAAGGCAGCUUCUGGCAGUGAAAACAUGAAUUCUGGUUGCAGUCCAAUCCAUGCUCUAUAAUGGAUGAUAGUAUAUUUCUGAACCUCAGAUUGUAGGUUAUAGUUACAGGUUAUUGUCAAUCAACAACAAAAUAAUGUGCAGUCUGGUUUGGAUUUAUUAAUAUUUUCCUGUUAGGUCACUCCAUUUUCUCCCGUCCCACCCUCGCCCGCCCCACCCCGUCCCACCUCGUCCCACCUGUGUUAACUAACUUGGUUGGUUGUAACUUGUAGGCUCUAGAAAGUAUCCGUUGCGACUCUUAAAGAUUGUAUGUUGUUUAUCAUCAGUUUCUGGACUUGAUGCAUAUUUAUAUACUUUGUGACGUUUUCAUUGAUGCAGGAACGGUUUCGAGCCGAAUUCCAUCU